AGAGGGAAGGUGAGAGGGCGAGGAGUAAAGGUGGCUGGGUGGGUAUGUGGGUCCGUUGAAGCGAGCCGCCUCCAGCCCUGUUGAACUGGUGGGCCCAGGGGCUGGAGCUGUAUUGAAAGGGACCUUGCCCUCCCUUGAAGCCUCGAGUUGCAGAGAUUUCAGUGUCUUCUCUGCCUGUGUAAGCCUGUCUGGGUGUUUCGGCUGAACUACAGCCACCCCCUCUCCCGGGGGUGUGCAGGCCGGGCCUGGCCAGGCAGCCAUGGCUGAUGAGAAGACCUUCCGGAUCGGCUUCAUCGUGCUGGGGCUUUUCCUGCUGGCCCUCGGUACAUUCCUCAUGAGCCAUGAUCGGCCCCAGGUCUACGGCACCUUCUAUGCCAUGGGCAGCGUCAUGGUGAUUGGGGGCAUCGUCUGGAGCAUGUGCCAGUGCUACCCCAAGAUCACCUUUGUCCCUGCUGACUCUGACUUCCAAGGCAUCCUCUCCCCAAAGGCGAUGGGCCUGCUGGAGAAUGGGCUUGCUGCCGAGAUGAAGAGCCCCAGUCCCCAGCCGCCCUAUGUAAGGCUGUGGGAGGAAGCUGCCUAUGACCAGAGCCUGCCUGACUUUAGCCACAUCCAGAUGAAAGUCAUCAGCUACAGCGAGGACCCCCGCUUGUUGCUGGCCCCUGAGACGGGGCAGCCGAAGCUGGGAACCAGUGAUGGAGGAGAAGGUGGCCCUGGCGACGUUCAGGCCUGGAUGGAGGCCGCUGUGGUCAUCCACAGGGGCUCAGAUGAGAGUGAAGGGGAAAGAUGUCUAAUUCAGAGCUGGCCUGGUCCCCCGGCCUGUCCCCAAGGCCCUGCCCCCUUGGCUUCCUUCCAAGAUGACCUGGACAUGGACUCCAGUGAAGGCAGCAGCCCCAGCGCAUCUCCACGUGACGGGGAGGAAGCUUGUUCCCCACAACAGGAACCUCAGGGCUGCAGGUGCCUGCUGGACCACUUCCAAGACUUUGCCCUGAUUGAUGCCCCAACGUUGGAGGAUGAGCCCCAAGAGGGGCAGCAGUGGGAAAUAGCCCUGCCCAACAACUGGCAGUGGUACCCAAGGACAAAGGUGGAGGAGAAGGAGGCUUCGGACACAGGUGGGGAGGAACCUGAGGAGGAAGAGGAAGACCUGUACUAUGGGCUGCCAGAUGGCCCCGGGGACCCCCUCCCGGACAAGGAACUGGGUUUUGAGCCUGACGCCCAGGGCUGAGAUGGUUGUGCUCUGUAGCUUCUAGUCUGGAACUGCUGCUGACCCCUGUGUGACAUCACAGGGCCUCAGUUUCCCUAUCUGCAAAAUGGGAUGCUAUGGAGGUUCAAUGAGAUGGUGGCAUUUUGAGAAUGGUAAAGAAACGCACAGGGAGGGGAUGAUGACUA